AUGUCGAACUCAACUGUUAGUCUUAAUCUUACUGACAACAUCCCCUCUCCCAAAACCUUCCCUCGCUACCGGUCCCGUAAUAUAUAUCAAGGUCUCCCGGAUCUGUAUGAUGUCGCUGACGGUAUUGGAUCAAUAACAAUUAAUGACGACGACGAACUUGAGGCCAACCUAGUCAUGGAACUCACAAGGGCCAGACGAGACGUCUUCAUGGCUGAAAAGUCACUUGCAGAUUGCAUGGUCUGCGAGUGUGAAUUGAUGGCCAGUCUCUCGAAGUUCAAGUCGAACAUUUCCACACAGAAACUCAACAAGGCGGACGUUGGAUUAGGGUAUAUGCGGAUCACUUUCAAGAAAUGUGGUAUUUCUCAUCAUGUGCCUGCAAACCGUGAUGACGCCAGCUCUUCCGUCCAUUUUGGGGCCGAUCGUAAUAUUACUAUUCAACUCGAUUGA